AUGGCGAACCACGAACGCAAUCGGAGAAACUACCGCGACGACGGAGGGCCGCUGGAGGAGGGAGGCAGAGUGAAAACUAAGCCUGUCUCUUGUAGCACGGUGGGCGGAGGAGCGAGCAAACUCAAACGCACAUCCCAGCAUUUUUCGUCCGAGGAUGAGGACGAAACGUCGUCAGACCCUCCAGCGCCCCGCAAAGCCUCCAAAAUAGGCUUCGGCGUAAGCAGCAACGCCGAGAAAAAGGCGAAUCCUAUAUCCAUCAAGCUUGGAGCGAGCAAACCCAAAGAGCCUGUGCCAACGGCGCCUCCAAAAAAGGUCGGACUGGCUUCGGUUUUCAACGAGGAUGAUGAUAGUGAGCCUGAGGAGAUGCCACCAGAAGCAAAGAUGAGGAUGAAGAACAUCGGCAGGGAGACGCCGACCUCAGCAGGACCGAAUUCCUUUAACAAGGGCAAGCAGGGUUUCUGUGAUCAUCAAAAACUUUGGGAAAGGAAGCAGAAGACACAAGAAGAUAAAGAGUGA